UGAACUUCCGCUGAAGUGGAGAAACCAUGGCGAGCGGGAAGGUUCGUGGAUCGGAAAAGAGACGCAGCUCAAUUACAGCUGUGCCCGUGCUUAUCAUCUCCAUCAUCUUAGGGGUGACUCUGAUUUGGAAUAAAGAUGAGUUUAAACAAACGUUCAUUCAAAGAUGUCAGAAGUUCAGUGGGUAUAACUGUCAAACCAUAUGGGAUGUGUUUCAACAAGCCUUUGUUAACCGAGAUCCUUGUGAAGUUCUCCCAAAGGCCUACGAUCCCCUCUUUUUGUUAGUUCCCUUGAAAGCUCCCUGCAACACAUUGAUGUUUUGGAGCGGAGCAAACUACGUGGCCCACAACUUCACUAAGAAAAACCACUGUUUUAAGACUAUGGAGGAUUUCAUGUUGGGAUCUGUCCUGAAUGACCAAAAAUGGUGUGGAAAGAAGGGCAGCAAUGAAACUUACAACACUGGUUGUCCAAAUGGGACAGCGUGUGACAAAUACCCUGUUGACUUCUUUUGGAGAAGAUCCUCGGCUGCGUUUGGAGAUGCUGCUUGUGGGAACGUCACCGUGAUGCUAAAUGGCUCGUACUCAUCACCGUUUAGGGAAACAAGUGUGUUUGCCACUGUUGAGCUGAAGAGAUUUGAGUUUCCAAGAGUGAAACACUUGACUGCUGUUCUGGUCAUCCAGGAGAACUCAGACACAGACUGCUCAAAUGAUUCUUUAAAAAAAUUGGAGAAGGAGCUGCGGGACAAAGGGAUCGGUUAUAGGUGCUCGGCAGUGACUCAGUCUCACCUCGAGAAGUGCGCCUCCGACCCAGACAAACCCUGUGGUGCCUGCUGGUCACAGUAAAAGAAGGCCCCUGUUUCUU